UCCAGAUCUAGAUCAUUUCUAUUACUGUCCAAUGGUAAUCGGAAUUCCAAGAUGCAGUUUGUGUUUUUUGUAGUUUCACUCUACAUAGGCGCAACAUCUGGACUGAUAGAACCGAUUCCAUUGCCAUCAUCUUUGGAGGAAUGCAUCAAUUAUAAAGUUGACUUGAACAAAGGUUCCGGAGUGCCAUUACAUAUUAUACAAAAUUUAUGUUUAAGUAAAUUUAUUUCGUUUGAAACACCCCAUACAUGGGCUCGUAAUGUGACGAAAGAGGAACAAAAUUAUAUGAGGUCUCUCAUUCGGAAAGUCAUUUCCGAAUCAGAACGCUCUAGUCGACAUCGAUUCAAAAGAAGCGUCUUGCUCCCUCAACGGAUACGUCGUGAAAUAAGAGCAGCACCAUUCAAACAGUGGGAUGACUAUGCUAAGGCCGUGAGACGCUUGAAAUUUGAAGAGAUUGGACCAAGUGGUAGAAGCAGGUACGAUACGAUUGCAGAUAUUCACAUGACAGCCAUCAAUUCAUCACAUUUUGGACCAAACUUUUUACCAUGGCAUAGAUUAUACCUCAUAACAAUGGAGACUGCAUUGGGGGUGCCUAUACCGUAUUGGGAUUCGUCCAUUGAUUACGAGAUGGAACAUCCUACUAAGUCAAUAUUGUUUACACAGAAAUAUUUUGGGAACGGAUUCGGUAUGGUAAAAACUGGACCAUUUGCUAAAUUUCAAACGCCCUCUGGCCCAUUGAUAAGAAACAUUGGAAGUGAUGGAUCUUUAUUUAAUAAGAGGGAUUUAAAUGCUAUUUUCACCAGAAGCCUUCUAUCUAAGAUUUCAGAGCCGACAGCCGAAGAGAGGGUAAGCUUAGAAGGACAACACAAUUCUAUUCACAAUUGGAUAGAUGGGCAAAUGAACACGCAGGAGUUUAGUCCGCACGAUCCAAUAUUCUGGACACACCAUUCUUUUGUUGACUACAUAUGGGAAGGCUUUAGGAAAGUACAACAUGCACGUGGAAUUGACCCCGUACUAGACAUUCCCGAACCACCAGAAAAUGUCACAUUCCAGAGUGGAAAAGAUCCUUCAGUUGGUUUAUUUGGAUUUUAUAAUCGUGAAGGAUAUUCUUCGAAAAUUGCAAAAAUGGUGUCAUAUGAACCCCAUCCCGAAUGUCCAAAAUGCUGUGGAAGCCCCGAUAUGUACUGCAAUACCAGAAAACAUGUGUGUGUAAGUAAGACAAGAAAUCUAAUGGAAUAUGAGGGAAAUCGCGCAGAAGCACAGGAAAUAGCAGAUAAAAUGAUCGAAGCAUCAACGGGAAGGCAACGUACAGUAUUUUCGGAAUACAUGCGAGAUGAUCGAGUGCGAGGUGACUCCUUAACAUUAAAAAAGAAGGCAAAAUUGAGAAACCUAAGAAGGCAACUAAUGAAUGGAGGUGUAAACGAGUUUCCAGUUAUUCCGUCCAUAUUCAAUCGAGUUUCAUCUUUAAAUACAGAAACGAUUUACCAUGGACUUCCACAAGGAUUCCCACCGAUGAAUAAUCUUCCUCCUAUACAAAUCAUCCCGUCUCCAGAUUUUCGAAUUGGAGGGUCAAAUUUUCUGCCAAAGCCAACAUUGGAUAUAAUAUAUGGUCCGAUACAGUUUGAUUCAAUUGUUGUUUAUCCGAACAACGAAAUUCAGACUCCAGGUCACCACUAUAACAACGCUGGUCCGAAACACCCACCCUUUUCAGGUUACAUGACAGAUAUGCUCACAAGAGGCGAUUCUUUUUCAUCAAGAAAUCAUGUUUUGCAUUUGCGAAGAAGACGUAGUCUGUCUAAAAGGACAAGUACGUCUGCUAGAAACCAAAUAUGGAAACCGACCCUAGAAAAUAGUUUUUUCUUGAAUGGUAAAUCUGACCUUGAUGCAUGGGCAUUUGUUCCGGUCAAAAUAAUUUAUAAUAAUAUUAAAGAAUCGACUUACCAAAACACAUUGAAUUUUACCGGAAGUAAUACUGCUCUGCAAACUAUACUCGGAGACAAUAUAGCAACUUGUGGGGCAAGGGUAGAUAAUCCACUGAAGAUUUUCGUACAAUCUCAUGGACUGAACUAUUAUGGAAAAUACAAAGACUUUACAGUUUAUCAAAAUACAGAAUCAGCGCUGAAUUAUAUCGCAAUAAAAAAACCUUCCAAAAAAUCAGUGGAGACAUAUAUUUCUGCAUAUGAUUCGUGUGGGAAUACUUGUAACACAAGAUGUGUAGUCCCCGGUGUUUAUCCACCCGUUUAUAGAAGUUGCGCUGGUGCAAUCAGUGUUUCUAGUAAAGAACCUCUAAUGUACAACGAUGUUCUAAGCGCAGUUCGAGGAUUGCCCGUUGAGGAAAACAUUCCCAUUAUAUUUGUUUGUGAUAUUCUGUGAUAACUUCUUCAGAACGAUUGUGAGCUAAAAUACUGGAUUACCGCGAGGCAAUGAAAAUUUUAUACCGUACUGUUACUUGCGUUUCAUAGUUUCUUUCGGUUUAUAUUCUAAUUUUACCAGUGUUCAUAGGAAAAUAAAGAAAUGAGUUUAGAUUAAAAUGUGCAUCCGAUUAUAUAGAUGUGUCUGAUUAGUCGAGUUGCGAACUUAUGUGCAGUGAGGUGUGAACAAUAACAAUUGUUUGGCGUUUAAGUGAUGCAGAACCAAUUUUGUUUAAAGAAUGAAAAAAAAAGUUUAACUGUGAAUUGGAAUGCACUCAUGUUAUGGCGUUUUAAUUAGUAAAACAUGAGCUGAAAGGGUAAUUAUUAUAUAAUUAUUCCAAUUUGUUCCUAGAUGAAUGACAUGAAAUGGACAGUUUCUUAUCAUAAACCAUCAAUUACUUGUGUGAAUCUAAUGAGUGAAGUACAUAUACAUGUAUAUAUGAUGUAUAAAUCUGACACCUACCCAGAAUGAAGUACAUGUACAUUUAUGAAUGAUGUAUAAACCUGACACCUUACCAGAUAAGUUUUUUUAACAAUCUGUUGGUAUCCAGUUAAUAAAUAAAAGUUACAUACUGAAGGAAAGAACUGUUAUAUCAAACUCGCCCGAAGAGACAACACUAGUUUGGUAUAGUGCAGAGAGAGUGGGGUUAGUUAACCUUAUUUUGUUACAAUCGCCUUUGUUUAAUACGGACAAAAAUUCGAAUCAUCAUUUCAUUCAAUCAAAGCUAGCUAAAGGACAAAUGGAAACAUUGGAUGACUGAUUUCCUCCAACAACAGAACCGUAUAAAAAGAUACGAAAUUAACGCAUUUCUGUCGAUUUACAGUUCAAAUUAUAAGAUUCGUUAAUAGUUUCUAUAUUACUGUAUGAAUAUGAAAUAUAUGGGGCUUCAAAAACAUAAAUUUAAUAAAAAAAAAUCAUCUUUAGUUUUAAAAAAAGUAUUGGCGGUCAAAUCAUGUGCACCAAUGUGUUACGUUCAUGUAUGAGCUUGGUGGGUUUCAAUCAAAAAUCAUUUAUGAAUUAAGAUUGUUGAAUUUUGGUCGAAAAUUAAUCAUCACUAAGUAGCAAAACAUUGUUUAGUAUUAUGCAUUAUUACAUAUUUUAGAAUGUGUAGUUCAAAGUGAAUUGAAUGUAUGAAAUCAGUUAAAGACAGCACAUUGCUGAGUUAUUGUGUAACACAGUUUGUAUUAAAGAUGAGAUUAGC